GUCGCGCCGUCAGUCUGCCGUAACGUGGCGGCGCUACGCUCGUGUGUGUGUGCUGCAGGAGUGGCUUUGAACUGUCAUUGUUCAUGUAGUUUUCUGUGAUAAGAAUUUUAUUGUGAAAUUAUAGUUUAGCGAACUAAUUUAUACAUUAACGAUGUCUGCGUCGGGAGAAUUUGGUAAUCCUUUACGCAAGUUCAAGCUUGUUUUCCUUGGGGAACAGAGCGUGGGAAAAACUUCGCUCAUCACUAGGUUCAUGUAUGAUAGCUUUGACAACACUUAUCAGGCAACAAUCGGUAUUGAUUUCCUCUCGAAGACUAUGUACUUGGAGGACCGUACAGUGAGACUGCAGUUGUGGGACACAGCAGGACAGGAACGGUUCCGUUCACUUAUACCUUCGUACAUCAGGGACUCCACAGUAGCGGUCGUCGUCUAUGAUAUAACUAACGCGAAUUCAUUCCACCAAACAUCGAAAUGGAUCGACGAUGUACGCACGGAGCGCGGGUCGGAUGUAAUCAUAAUGCUGGUUGGCAACAAGACGGAUCUCUCCGACAAGCGGCAGGUGUCCACCGAUGACGGCGACAGGAAGGCGAAGGAGCUCAACGUGAUGUUCAUAGAGACCAGCGCCAAGGCCGGUUAUAAUGUUAAACAGUUAUUCCGACGGGUAGCGGCGGCGCUUCCCGGUAUGGACUCAGCCGAGAGCAAGCCACCUGAAGACAUGCACGAGGUGAUCCUGCGACAGGCGCCAGGUGACAACAAGGAACCAGACGGCGGAUGUGCUUGUUAACCAUACCACCCAUCGAUAAUAUAGUGCAGCCGCUUUAUAAGGCCGCUUUCACAGCUGGACAAUAUUAUAUACCUAUGAUGAGAAAGAGAGAGACGUCAGUAAAUUUUGACAGCUGUCAAGAUGAACCUUUAAACGCGGUGUCAGUAUGGAUGUCAGUCUAUGCCAGGUACAACGCACGUUGUCGUCCUAAAACAGAAGUGUAAUGGUUAAAGGGCACAGA